CUUCGCAGUUUGCUUUGUUACUCUAGUGAAGAAAAAAAAGGGCGGAAGUUUGUUAUGUAUUAUUGUUGAUUAGCCUGAACGCGGGAAUGAAUUGAACUUCGGAGAUGAUUAAAACAGAAAAAAUCUUACAUUUAAAGAGCUCCCGCGGAGGAAAGGUUCGUGUGGUCCGAGAGCACUAUCUGAGGGAGCAGGUUCCGUGCGGAAGCGCGCUGUGUCAGGCGCAGUGUCAGGCGCAGUGGCAGCACGAUGGCAAGGUGCUGUCCGGAGACGUGACUCAUUAUGUGGUGCCGGAUGCUGGAGUGGUGAGGGACUUCCUGGAGGUUCUGGAGUUCAGGGAGUUUCGUGGGGUCGUGUUUACGCAGACCGCAUGCCAGGCUUUACAAAACACACGUGGGCGCAGGCACUAUAACAGGCUGCGUGGUCUCCUGAAGGACCCUCGCUAUGACUGUGUCCUGUUUGCCAAUGAGUUUCAGCAGUUUUCCUACUGUGCCCGGGGCAGAGGAGAAACGCAAGAGAAAUGGCAGACAAGGUGUGUGUACCAUGCAGCAGUGUGGUAUUAUAACCAUUUGGCUGGUCUGAUGUCAGUAGUUAUGAUCACAGAAGACCAGGAAGCCAUUAAAGAAUAUGGCAGUCAGAACAGUGGCGUUUACGUCAUCUCAACUCGGGAAUAUCUGGAGAGUUUCUGGCCAGACCUGCAUGCAGCUCAAGAGCUGUAUGCCUCCAUUGCUCAGACCCUACAAGAGAGAGAGAGUGAAGGAGCAGAGAAGGAGUACUCUGAGCAUUUACCUGCAGAGGUUCUGGAGGCAGGGAUCAAAUCUGGCAGAUACAUUCAGGGCACACUGAAUGUGAACAAGCACCGCACACAGCAUGAAGCCUUUGUGCGGUUUGAGGGGUCUGCAAGCAAGAAUGCAGAGCUUAACAGUGAUGUUCUGAUCAAUGGAAUGAAGCAUCGUAAUCGGGCGAUACAUGGUGAUGUGGUUGCUGUAGAAUUGUUGCCACGUGGUGAGUGGAAGGGUCGGAGCAUGGCUUUAACAGAGGGACGAGGAGAGGAGAAAGGAGAGGACACUCAGAGUCAGCCUAUGCCCACGGGCAGGAUAGUGGGUAUCAUCCAGAGAAACUGGAGGGACUAUGUGGUAACGUUUCCUCCCCGAGAGGAGCUGCAGAGUCAGUCCCGAAACUCUCAGAAGAUUCUGGUCAUUCCCUGGGACUGCCGCAUCCCAAAGAUCCGGAUCAGCACCCAGCAGGCUGAAGCACUGCAGGAUCACAGGGUGAUUGUGCGAGUGGACUCAUGGGAGAGCACUUCCCUCUACCCCAGUGGUCACAGUGUGAGAGUCCUGGGCAAGGCCGGUGAGGUGGAGACUGAAAUUCAGACCAUACUGGUGGAGAACUGCAUCCAUGUGCCCCCAUUCUCUGAAGCCCAGUUGCGAGAGAUGCCUGUGAACUCCAAGGAGCAGCCUUGGCAGAUGGACCAGGCUGAGAUAAGCUCUCGGAAGGACCUGCGUGACACACACCUGGUGUUCAGUAUUGACCCGCUGGGCUGCGAGGAUGUGGAUGACACAUUGUCAGUGCGCACCCUGCCAGGGGGGAAGCGUCUGGAACUGGGAGUCCACAUCGCAGAUGUCACACACUUUGUUAAAGAGGGUUCUCUCACUGAUCUGGAGGCUCGUUCCAGAGCCACAACAUAUUACUUGGCUGACCGAAGGUAUGACAUGCUGCCAGCGGUGUUGAGUGCUGACCUCUGCUCACUGCUUGGGGGAGUGGACAGAUAUGCCAUGAGUGUUAUAUGGGAGCUGGAUGCUGAGUCUCUGGCAGUGUGUAGCGUGUGGUACGGCCGAACACUCAUCCGGUCCUCUUACCAGCUGCACUAUGAGCUGGCCCAGAGCCUGUUAAAUGGGGAAAAUGUCAAGGUGCCUGAGCUGGCCCUGCUCGAGGGCUCUGUACGGGACCAGAAACUGGCUGAGCUCCUGCAGGCCCUGGAGCAGCUGACUCGAGUGGCCAGGCACCUGCGGUCACAGAGGGAUAAGGGCGGCGCUUUGGAGCUGGAGGGUGUUGAAGUCAGGGCUCAGCUGGAUGAGGACAAGAACAUCGCUGCUCUGGUGCCAAAGCAACCUCUGGAGGUGCAUGAGACAGUGGCAGAGUGCAUGAUCUAUGCCAAUCACUGGGUGGCACGUAAGAUCCAGGAAUGUUUCCCACACCAGGCACUGCUGAGGCGUCACCCGCCACCCAGGCAGGAGUUCUUCAACCAGUUGAUUGACAGUGCCAAGAGCCGUGGCUUUGGCAUUGAUACAAGGUCGAACAAGGCUCUGGCUGAUUCUCUAGAUCAGGCAGUGGAUCCAGAGGACCCCCUGGUAAACCGGCUGCUGAGGGUGAUGGCCACACAGGCCAUGUCUAAUGCCCUGUACUUCUCCACUGGAUCUUGCCCAGAGGAUCAGUACUACCACUAUGGUCUUGCUCUGGAUCGGUACACCCAUUUCACCUCUCCAAUCAGGCGCUAUGCUGACAUCAUAGUGCACCGUCUUCUCAUGGCUGCUGUCCAAUCAGAGAAAGAGGAGUGCUUUCACAAGAGCUUAGCUAGCAACAAGGAUCUGGAGGAAAUUGCUCAUCAUAUCAACAACAGAAACCGAGCAGCUCAGCACACUCAGAAGCAGUCCACAGAGCUUUUCCAGUGCCUCUACUUUCGAGAUAAGGACCCACUCACUGAUGAGCGCUGCGUGGCCGACGCUAUUAUCUAUGCCAUCAGGGCCAACGGCGUACUGGUCUUUGUCCCACGGUAUGGUUUGAAGGGUGCAGCGUACCUGAAGAAUCGGGAGAGUCAGGUGGUGAGUGUGGGGGAUGACGGCGGGUGUGUGUGGCAGGUGGGGACACUGCAGAGGUAUCCAGACAGGAUCAGCUCCUGCACCAGCACAGGGACAAACACCUUUCACCUGUUUGACCAUGUAACAGUGCGUAUCUCUGUGGAAACUUCCCGCUGCCAUUCUGACAACUUGCGUCUGGAACUCAUCAGGAACAAGCCCCAUCAUUCGGGCGUGGCCGAGUCUCGGAUGAGUGGUCGGGUCCCGUCUGAGCUGAUUGAGGAGGUGGUGCGCAGGGAAGAGGCGUCUCUUCAGGCAGAAGAAGAGAAGAUGAGGAGACCAAGACUGAGCAAAGAGGAGAGGGAGUUCAGACAGAGUAAAAGGCCAAAUCUCUACUCAAUCCUGCAGGAGAUCAGUGAACUUGCCCUGUCUGAUGCAGCUUUCUGUCACAUACAAAACACUGAAUUACCAACAUGCACAACCUCAGCUUAGGUUUACUGAGAAAAUUCAAUUCAGUCCGGAAUCCAACAUUUGGAUUUUAUUGCUUAGAUAUUAUGAAAUGUUAUUUUUAUUUACUCUAGUUUGGACUAUACGGUAGCACUGGAGUGUUUUGGCCAAGGAUUUACGCGGAUAUUGCUCUUAAGCUAAAGAAUGGCCCUUAAUUGGUUAAAUCCAUUUUAGUGAUUUUAGUGUGGCACUGAUUAACAAAUUAACAUUAUGGUUUGGUUGUGGUGUUUUGUUCAGUAUGUAUUUUGUACAAGAAUGUAUAAAUUGUACAUUUACAACUUUGAUAUUUUGCACUGAGUCUAACUGGAAUGUUUUAUUAAAAAAAUAUUUUCAUAA